GAUAUCUAACUAUUGCUUUUAGUUGUGACUUAGCGGUUGACUGAGAAUAUUCGUUUGGGUGCUCUAAAGAUGGAUACUACUAGAAUAUUUGGUGAUGAUAGUCUGGGAUAUGUAACAUCUGGUGAAGCACAGACGACAAUUUUAAGUCGAAUUUUUAUCACUGUGAAAUAUUCCAUUAGAAUAUUCGCUUGUUUGACCGGAGAGUGUUUGUUAUUUGUUUUUUGGCGGGCUUAUCGAUGGCGAAAGACAAAAGACAUUUCUGAUCAAGUGGCUUUAGUAACAGGAGGUGGAAAUGGUCUAGGAAGAGCUAUUGCUCUCAGAUUGGCCAUGGAAAAAUGCCAUGUAGCAAUUGUGGACUUGAAUAUUGAGGCAGCUGAAAAGACUGCCACGGAAGUGCAGUCUUUGGGAGUGAAAGCCAAAGCAUAUAAGUUGGAUGUCUCAAAUUAUGAUCAACUGGUGAACCUCAGGAGUCAAAUUUUAAAUGAUCUUGGAUUUGUCAAUAUUCUCAUUAACAAUGCUGGACUUCUUGCAUUGGUGCCUAUGUAUGAUACCCCCAAGGAUCACAUUCAGAAGGUAAUUGACGUGAACAUCUCCUCUCAAAUUUGGACUACGAAAAUCUUCUUGGAAGAUAUGGUUCACCAAGGAGGGGGUCACAUUGUGCAAAUAUGCUCAAUUUAUGGGUUGAUCCAGGGAAAAAGUACACUGUAUUCCAUGUCCAAGCAUGCAAUUCAUGCUUUUAUGUCCUGCCUGAGGGAAGAGAUCCACUGGAAAAAAUGGCAGGACAAGAUUAAGAUAACCAGUGUGUAUCCUUUUUUCAUAGCGACCCGGAAAGAGCUUAUUGAUGCUGUGAAAAAAGGUGAAAUGAUAAUAAAUUCACCGGAAUAUGCAGCUGAUAAGGUUGUUCAAGCUAUUAAGAAAGAAGAAGAAUGUAUAUCAAUACCAAAAGGAUAUUAUGGUUUAAUGAGAAUGUUUUCAUUAUUUCCUACAAGAACAAUUAGGAAAUUUUACACAGCAUCUUUCGGAGAGAAUAAUAAUAUAUUUUAAUUUAUUUAGGAAAACGUUUACUGUCAAUCAUGCAUGGGAAUGUGUUAAAAACUAUACAGAUAAUCUGUAAAUUAUUCUCCAAUGACCUUAAAGGUCAAAGAAACGCUAAAAAUACAGUUUGUAAAAUUUUCAUUUCAAUGUCCAAGGAAAAUUUUAAAAUUCUAAUGGGAAAGUAUUUGAUAUUGAGUAAAUACUUCGAAUUUGUAUUUUUUGAUGAGAUAAUAAAUAUAUUCCUAAAUACCACUAAAAAUGUUAUUACACAAAAAAUGUCUUUUCUAUUGGAUGAGAUGAACAAAUUAAUGCUAAAAGCAAAACAAGUUUUGAAGUUUGCUUACAUCUUAUAAUAAGAAUAAUUUAAAAUAUGCAAAUUAGUCUAAAGAGAAUGCUUUUGUAUACUUACAGUUUAUCAAGGUUCACCCAUAUUGUCUUAAUUUGCUAAUUUUUCAUUUAGAUAUUAUGUUCGCAUGAUGUCAAUAAUCUGUAAUGAUCUCUUAAAUAUUUAAAUGAUUCAUCAAUUUCCAGAUGUUCGUGCAAGUAUUGAUACCCUGCUCCUCGUCAUUAUGUUGGGAAACACUGAAAUACUUCAUACUGAUUUUUUUCCAUUCAAUUGCUCUUUAUGUAAUUUCUUCUAAAGGGGUUGAGUAAACUUAUACUCGAGAAUUUUUAUUUAUUUUCUUGAAGUUACAAUAUUUGUUGAAAAUUGCAAUUUUUGUUGUAUGGUGUUUGCUAUUUUAUUUAAGGUGGCAUAAAAGGUAGUGGCAUCAUUCGGGCAUUCACCUUAAUUCUAAUCAUAAUAACUGAUAAAGCGGAUAAAGCUUUGAAAAUUUCGGAAUUUCCAAAGUUUUUGACAUGGGUACCAAGUCUUAAUCUUUUGCUAGAAAUUAUAUCUUUAAUGAAAAAUAAUACAUUUUUAUUUUCUUAUUUACAAAGAAAUGGGUACUUUCAGAUCGAUUUUGACAAAGUAAUGGUUUAAUUCAAUAUUUGUGGUAUUUGUAAUGAAAUUAUCCAAAUAUACUUUUGAUCACUUUUUUGAUUGGGAGAAACAUUUUGAUCAGUAAAUCAGAAAAUUCAAAUUGGUCCAGUUCAAAAAGAUAAUAAGAUCAAUGGUGUUCAUUGAGGGAAAGUGCUCGUGCUUCAUACUAUCCGAAGCUUCGUAAUGAGUAAUUUUUUUUCUAUAGGAGAGACUGGGGCAAAAUUUGUCAAAACGAAAAUUUCAAUAUUCACUAUUUUCUAAAAUAAAAGAGACUGAGGCUUGAAAUUUCUAUUAUAGAUAGCCUUCAUGAACCUUCUUAAACUUUCAAAGUUUCAAGGGAUUCGAGGAAGGAUUAUGUAAAAUAAAAAAUAAUGAGAUUCUGAGCCCUAUUUUUGGAAUAUUUGGCUUACAGAAAAUAUCAAUACUGAUUAUAGUUCAAUUUAAGCACAUUUCUUGUUAAGAUAGAGAAAAAUUAUUUACAACAAAGUUGUAGAGGAAUAAAUUUCCUAUAAGAAUAUGCUCAUUAUACAGUAGACUCUCACUCAAUCGGCUCUUUUUCAAUCGGGCGUCAAAUGUAACUCUGCAAUAUCUAUAUUUUAAAAACUGGGCACUUUCCCCUAAGUGUUGCAAAUAGUUUAUUUUUAGAAAUUAUCUCCUAUACUGAUAAAUGUAUUAAUGUUUUCCAAGUGAAAUGUAAGAAUAAGAAUUAAUUUUAUA